AUGGAGGAGAUUUUGGCGACCAUAGACAUCGUAACAGCAGCCACAAUCUUCAUCGUUCUGUCUUUCUCAAUCUAUCUAGCGAUCAGAAUCAUCACCGGAAAAUCCAUACACAACAAGGAGUACUCUCCAAUACACGCCACGGUCUUUGACCUCUUAUUCCAAUUUCCACAGCGACGCUCGCGAGGAAGAAGCCUACGUUCAGGUUCUUGA